CUAAACUUACCUUCAGCGCUAAAUCCCCGCAACCCCUUCCGCGCCACCGACGGCCUUGUGGUGAAAAACGCUGUCGAUAUAAAAUCCCUUCUCCCUCUCUUUUCACACUCAAAAAUCUGUGAUCCAAAUUCCUUAACUACUCGGAUAAAACAAAAUCCCUUGACCCACUUUCAUUUCUGUACAAAAAGACUCAAUCUUGACUGUUUUCCUUCCCCGUCUCAGAUCUGCUAGCUAGCUACAUUUCAGCUUUAGUGUGUGAAAAUUUGCAGGAUCUUGCUGGUUUUCUUGAACUAAUUUCGUGGGUUCUUUUGCAGGUUGGAAGUUCUUAGCCGGAAAUCAUGUCAGGUGGAACAGAGUUGCAUUGUUCAAGUGGUGUUGAGGUGAAAAACCCUGAUCCCGUUUCCAAGAAUUUGAGCAAUGGCAAUGGCAAUGUCAAUGGAAAUUGCCAGAACGGAGAUGCAAAGUCGUUCAAGAUUUUCAUAGGCUAUGAUCCGAGGGAGGAUCUUGCUUAUGAGGUCUGCCGCUAUUCUUUACUCAAGAGAUCUUCAAUCCCAAUUGAGAUUUUCCCCAUUAAGCAAAGUGAGUUGCGCCAAAAAGGCGUUUACUGGAGAGAGAGGGGGAAAUUGGAGAGCACUGAGUUCUCAUUUUCACGUUUCUUGACCCCUUUCUUGGCUAAUUAUGAGGGUUGGGCCAUGUUUGUGGAUUGUGAUUUCUUGUACUUGGGUGAUAUCAAGGAGUUAGUUGAUAUGACUGAUGAUAAAUACGCGAUAAUGUGCGUGCAGCACGAUUAUACACCAAAGGAGACAACGAAAAUGGACGGUGCUGUGCAAACGGUGUACCCGAGGAAGAACUGGUCUUCCAUGGUUUUGUAUAACUGUGGGCAUGAAAAGAAUCGAGCUUUAACCCCGGAUGUGGUUAAUAAGGAGACGGGUGCAUUUCUGCAUAGGUUUCAAUGGUUAGAGGAUGAUGAGAUAGGAGAAGUCCCAUUUGUAUGGAAUUUCCUUGUGGGGCACAACAAGGUUGUCGAGGGUGAUCAGAGUACGUAUCCAAAGGCAAUACAUUACACUCUUGGAGGUCCAUGGUUUGAGCAGUGGAAGGAUUGUGAGUUUGGGGAUCUAUGGUUAAAUGAGUUGGAGGAGUACAAGAAGGCUGCUGAGAAGAAGGUGGAUUAAGCCAAUGUUUGUAGCUACUACAACUUAUCGUCCACUAAUAAGGUAUUCGGCUGGUUGCCAUUUGUUUCCACGUUCUACGUAUUUGAUUAGAAGUCAUUAAAGUAUGGAGGUUGGCGUUCUUUGGUAGUUAUAUACGGAUAUAGAAUCAUUCCUUUCUCGUGUGUAAUAUUCGUAUUGUUUGAUUGUCAGGAUUCUUCAUUGUAGUAUAAGAAUCGUUGUCAAGACAAGAUUUGUGACAUCAUAUUGAUAAUCAUUAUUUGGUGAAAGAGAUUGAUUGUGAAUUUGAAUUA